AUGGAUAUCAGAAAGCUAUCGAAGCAAAACAUAGAUAUUCUUCAGAACUUUAUCGUCGAAGUCGAAAAGAAAUCUUUCGGAAUGAACAAGUCUCAAAUAUUAACGACUAGUCCGCCACACUCGGCUUGCUCUGUUAGUUUAGACUAUGACGAUAUACUGAAUCAAAGGUUUAAUAAGUAUAAAGCUUGCUUGUCCCAACCAUUUUACAUUGACGAAUUUUAUGGUAGUGCUAAGAGGAGAAAGGAGUGGGUAGUUGUUAAAUUAGUACCUUCCAAUGAUCCAACUAAUUCCAAAACUCUUUCGAUAAACACGAUUAAAUUGAUUAGAACAUUCAACAUGGACUACAAACUUCUUUUUGACGAUUCAUCCUACUUUACCAUUACCAGUAAUGGAACCAAAAAACUUUUUUAUUUCAAUGAACCUUCCUUAAGUGAUGACAAACUAUUUAUUGAAUUCUCACCUCUUCUCUCCAGUGGUGAUUCUGACACUGAAAUUAAUAUUCAAACUUAUAGUGCUCAAUUCUCAGCAAUGAGCCUUGACUCCUCAAUGGGGCCCAAAGUUUUUAUUGAGCAAACAAAUACAGCAUUCGAUGGUAACCAAAAGGAAGAUAUUGAAAUGGAGGAUGUUAUUUGUCAAUCAUUAGUACCUCAAGAAACUGGUGAAACGCUUCAGUCAAUUAUAUUUCUUAGUACAGGUAAUUCGAAUAAAGAACUGAAAAGUGAGUUGCGAAAUAGAAUCAUGGAGGAAGACACCCUUCUUUCUCCCGAGUCAGAAGACAUGGAGAGUAAAAACGAAAUCAGGGCAUCUUCUAUCAAACUAGGAGCGAAAAACGAGUUAUGA